CGUCAGGGACGCCUCGUGGCCAACACGUUCAUACACCUAUUAUUCGCGAAUCGUGAACUUACCCUUUGUGGCACCUUGUCCACAACGUAUACAAGCACAGUAUGCUCAGUCAAUAGCAAUCCUCGGUUCCCUUAAGCUUCGCUAUGCCCUUACUCACUCGCAAUGUUAACCUGACUAUCCAUCUCACUUCCAGCAUCAAUGGCCGGGAAACCAUUUCAACGAAUUCCAGCACAAAAAUACUUACGACAAGUCCCGGGCACGCUACAUCAGUCUCCAUCCCAGCAAUCGUCGGCGGUACUGCCGCGGGGAUCGCGCUUGCGGUAGCAGUGUUAGCAGCAUGGAAAUGGUGGACAUCGAUCAUCAGACAGCCCAACAAAAAAUGCCACUCGCGGAGGGUAUGCUUCAUGAGACGUAACCGAGCAACUCCUGAUAUUCCAAAUGGGGAGGGCUGCAGCCGUUCGAAUGGUACGGGAUGCUCAGACGGGAAAAAGAGUCUUGCAGAUUCACCACCAACCACAAUAGGCACUACACAUCACACGACUCCCGUUCAGCAUUCAUUAACCAUGGCUGCACCGUCGCCAGGACCCCCAACAAAACCCCCACGUAAUCCAGCUCGUGCUAUGCGACGUCCUUCUGACCAUUUCAAGGAGGGCGUUACGCGUGGAAGUAGGACGUCGUUUGUGCGGGCUUCGAAUAGGUUGUCUUAUAAAUCAACCAUCAGCACUGCUUCGAUGUAUUCCACCCAGACUAGUGAGGAGGAACAACAAGUGCCCGUGCCCGCAGCUAUUAUAACAGCAGCCUUAGGUGGCACUAGACACCUUUCAAGACCUGGUCAUAGCUACGAGCACUACACCAUUGGUGAAGAGCAGGCAGAGCAAGCGGAGUUGGUAAUUCCUUGUUCAAGACCGCAGCAUUCUACAGACCUUGCCCAAUUACAUCGGGUCUCAAAUAUCAGUGCUGGGUCACUGUGCCUGCAGCAGGGGGUACAGUCAACUGAUUCAAUUGGAGUAGCAUAUGGGGGUGAAGAAUCGUGAUGGGGUAUUAGUAGAUGAUCCAGAGGGCGAAUGAUUGGACUAUGAAAUCAAUAGCCGUAGUUUAGGAUUUACAUACUAUUGGACACGCAGGAAACACGUCAUGGACCAUGCUAUAAGUGUGGAGGUGGCUCUUGGCUGUGCCUACCGAAG